CUGACUGGGUCCUUCCCACCUAUUCGUUUUUCACUUAGUAACCUCCUCACGGGGACCCCCCUGACCUGUCCAUCUAAAGUAGGCACAGGUGCCCCCCCAACCACCUGUUCUGUCGCCUUCUUUCCUCCAUAACAUUGCUCUCCAUCUGUAGUUUAUUUUGUCUGUUUAUUCUAUCUUCCCAUGACACUAAUAAGUUCCAUGAAGGCAAGAAACUUUGUCUUGUUCUCUGUUGUAUCCUUAGGACCUACUCUAGUGACUGGUGCAGAGCAGGCCUCAAUGAAUAGCCGCUGAAUUUGUGAAUAAUGAAGGAGAACUUCAUCUUCGAGGGAGGAGGGCCAAGCCGGAAAGAUUUGCCGUGGACUCCAUCUUGGGAGGCUGGAGGCACUCUUCUUCCUCCGAUUCUAGGCCCCCAGAUGGGUUUCAAAAGGAACAUUUGGAGGUUUUUCCCCGCAGAAGUUCUGAUGAAAGCUCCUGUAACUUACCCUAUUGGGGUGGGGCUGAGGGAAAUUAAAAAAUGGACUCAAAACUAGUUUGAAAGGGAAGGAAGUGGUUGAGGGCAGGUGGAUGGCUCCCCAGGUCGGGGCACUUCCUUUGUCCCAGCCCCGCCCCCGGAUUCUAACGGCUCCACCCCUUCCUGUCUUCCGCUGGGAGCCAGGGAUGGCUUGGGCCCCGGGUUCCGGGUUCCGGCGCCAGGGCCCUCACCCUCGUUAAUUAUUCAAGAUGGAGGAGGACACUAGGGGAGGCGCUCUUAUUAAUAUUCAUGAGGGGCGGGGCCUCCCUCCCGCUGGGGCUCCUGGGAGGAUUCUAAAGUCUUCUCGAGGCCACUGGGGCUCCUGGGAGGCGCGACCGCAGCGCCGGAGCGGAUCCGAGCCGGACCUCUCUUCCCGGCCGGAAAACCUUGAGGAGAUUUUUCUUAAAAAACUUUAAGAAAUUUGAGGAUGGUGGGGCACAACGACUAACUCCCAUCUUCCUGUGAUUCUUUAGCCGGAAAACGGUCAAAUUCUGUGGAUAAAUUCACAAGAUAAGAAAAAGGAUGGCAUCUAGAGUAAAUACCAGUUUCACUUUGAUUCCCAACCAGAAAUAUAGACGUAGUAGUCGUCGAUCCAGCCAUGUUUCCAACACCCUGGACUCAGAUUCUCAGCCCUUAUCAGCACUUGGAAAUUUUAGAGCCUUGCCAUUGGAAAUAUUCCAAAUAAUCUUAAGAUAUUUAUCAGUGAAGGAUGUCAGCAUGCUAAGCAUGGUGUCCAAAACAGUCAGCCAGCACAUUAUUAAUUAUAUCUCAACCUCAUCAGGAAGCAAAAGACUUUUACUACAGGACUUUCAUAACCUUGAGCUGCCUGGCAAGAGACAAGACUCUGCUGUAUUGGAACACUACAGAUCUCUAGGUUUACUGUUUAAAAGAUGUACAUUGUUGCUACCCACAAAAGAAAGACUAAAGUACAUUCACAAGAUACUCGCAGAAGUUCCCUGUUUUAAAUUCAAUGGCUGUGCAGCUCCUAUGCAGUGUUCAGGAUUAUCAUGUUAUGGCAUGCUUUUACAGACCUUAACAGCAGGUUGGGAUGAACUUGAGUGCCAUCGUGUUUUUAACUUUUUAUGUGAGCUGACUGAUCUCUCCCGCAAAAUGCAGACCAUUGUCUUCAGCAAACCAGGAAAUUCCCGAAAACUAGAGUUAAGGAUCAGACUGUUCUGUAGGAAUGUCCUGUUUGAUCAUUGGACACAUAGAAGUGAUUCUGCUUUUUGGUUGACACGUAUAUUAAAACCAUGGCCAAUGGUGAAUCAGGCAAGAUUACUAUAUAUCAUCUUUGGACCAAUAUCUCCUCAAGAUGGACAAGUGGUUUGGCAGAAAAUGGUAGAAGAACCUACAGAUGAAUCUAGUCUGAAAGGUCUGGCUGAUGCCAUUAAAUUACUAUAUGACACAGGCAUCAAAGAGUGGACAGCAGAUGAUGUUAUCAGUCUUAUAGAUGAACUAUCAGUGGUUCCUCGUGAGUGGCUUCUAGAAAAUAAUGCACGUCUCCUAAUCCUAAGUGGGAACGACAUCUGUUUCACUUUCAUGGCUAGUAAAGCUGUGAAUGGACGGACCGCUGAACUGGCAAGACUGAUAGUCUUUUUGGCUUUGGUGUGCGAGAAAGAACUAUACUGCAUGGACUGGGCAGUUAAAAUGAUGCAAAAAGUCUGUAAAGUCUUUAGUACCUCAGUUGAAAAAAACAACUUCCUGCAGAAUGUGGCAAAUGCAUUUGCAUGUAUUAUAAUGGAAAUGCUGCAGUCAAUUAUGUCUGGAGACCGAGAUGAAGAGGACAGAAUCUUUUUGAACUUGUUCCAUCUUGUGCAUGCUCAAGCUAACUUCCAUAAGGAGGUCCUGUAUUUGACCAUCAAUUCUAUCUCUGCCUAAAUACUCAGAAAGCCGUACAUUUAGAGACUACCUCACUGAACUAACAAUGAGAAGAAUGCUACUUUCCACAAUCAAAAAAUAGCACCCAAAGAACUUUUUUCCACCCAAGUAAUUCUAAAGUUGCACAGAAUUUUAGUGGCAACUGCUUAUAUCAUUAUUAAUAUAAAAAUUAUAGGCAAACCCAAGAAUAUAUUGAGAUUUCUCCGGAAAACAAGCUGUGCCUCUCCAGAAUUUAUAAACCUCACACCAAAAUUUAGUCUCCAAGAGUCUGGGGCCAGCCAGCCUGUAUGUAUGGGUCUUUGAAGCAAGAGAAAAUUUUGUUUUAUAGUUGAGCAGACCCAACUUUAGUAUGUAUCUGUUCACUGUGCUUAGAUUGUAUAGACCUAGCCUAGAAUGUUUUG